AGUUUUGAUGUUCUGACACGUGUGUUUCAAAACAGAAAAUUUUUAACAUUUCCCCGAAGUUUUUAGGAAAAUGGAGACUAAAAGUGUUGUCAAAGUGGGUUCUCGUAAAAGUCAGCUUGCCUUGAUACAGACAAACAGUAUAAUCAACAAUCUGAAGAAACUCAAUCCACACCUCACUUUUGAGAUAAUUUCUAUGCAGACCACAGGGGAUAAAGUUUUGGAUGCUGCUUUAUCAAAGAUUGGAGAGAAGAACCUGUUCACACGAGAACUGGAGGUUGCCUUAGAGAAGAAUGAAGUGGAUUUUGUGGUUCACUCCCUGAAGGAUCUGCCUACAUUAUUACCAGAGGGCCUUCUUAUAGGAUGUGUCUACAAGAGAGACAGUCCUUUUGAUGCAGUGGUAAUGCACCCAUCUAAUGCUGGCAAGAAACUGGAAGACUUACCAUCUGGAAGUGUAAUUGGAACAAGUUCUCUACGAAGAGCUGCACAGUUGGCCAGGAAGUUUCCGAACUUUCAAUUUGAAAAUAUUAGAGGAAACUUGAACACACGCUUUAGGAAGUUGGAUGAGGAUAAUAAAUAUUCUGCCAUCAUUCUGGCUGAAGCUGGACUUCACAGAAUGGGGUGGCAGGAUCGAAUCUCUCAGGUUCUUGAUAAAGACACAUGUAUGUAUGCUGUUUCCCAAGGUGCCAUGGCAGUAGAGUGUAGAAGUAAUGACCCAUUCACUCUUGGUCUCCUUUCCCAAAUCCAUGACCCAGAGACUGUGAUUCAGUGUGUGGCUGAAAGAGCAUUCCUCAAGAAACUGGAGGGAGGAUGCAGUGUGCCAGUGUCAGCGUACACAGAAGUCAAAGAUGGGAAGUUGUCUCUGACUGGAGGGGUAUUCAGUAUUGAUGGUACUCGAGGCAGGAUAGAGUGUGUUUGUAAAGACCUCCCAAAGUCAUUUGAAGAAAAAGAAAAGCUCAAUAUCUCUCCGAAUGGACCUAGACAAUUUGCAGGAAUUGUUGGAAAUGAGAAAGUUUCUAUUGAAACAUUAGAAGUUGCCCAAAAAGUAGGUGAGGAGAUUGCAGAGCUUAUGUUGAAGUCCGAGGCCAAAGACAUUCUCGCCAAUGCCAAGGCUGAAACAGCUGCUGCCAUCAUUGCAGAGAAACAGAGAAAAGAAGCAGAGAAAAAGAAAAAUGAGGCAGAGAAAAUUCAAACUAAUGGACAUAAUGCACAUCUAGUAACAGCAAAUGGGCAUUAAAUCUGGUUCUAUGACAUGUUUUACUGGGCAUUGCAUACCAUUCUGAAGGAACAUUCUGAUAAGGAUGUUAUCAACUUGAGUGUCAAUUAAUGGCUAGUCUUAUAGCUUAUAAGCUCAAGUCCUUUAUAAAGAAUUGUUAUAAAUAGCUUAACUUUUUUUUGGCUUUAACUUAUGAUUAAUUGGUGGGACUUAUCUGCAAUUUCCUUAAUUUUGGGUUCCUGCAAAAGUUCUUGAAAAUACAUUAUUAAGAUUUAAAUAUUGAUCCAUAUUAAUUUAUUAAUGGUUUUUACAAAUGACAAUUUUUUUUCACAGGGGUGGGGGGGGGGGGGGUUUCUUUCAAAUAAGACCAUGGUAAUUAGGAAUGCAGACUGUAUUUUUCUUUGUGUAAUCAAUGAUCAUAGUGAAUGUGAUUAUAAUUUACAAAGUUUUAUUUAUUAAGAUGUGCUGUAGAAUACAAGAGAAUGAUGCAAAAGGGAUAAAACUAAGUGCUCUGCAUGAAUAUAUUUUCCAUUAGGAGUUAUCUUUUUUCCCCUAAUGUACAUGUUUAGAAUGCGUUAUUAACAUCUCUAUUCUGAAUCUUUACAAAACUCCACUAUUUAAAAUAUUAUAUGAAAUAAAAGAUCAAUUGAGGAUUAUGAAUUUACAGGAAUUCCAUGCUUUCUAUGGUGUAUUGUGAGGCAUAUCUCAUUUUUAUUCAUUUAUUGUAUUCAUUGUAUAUGAAAUAUAUACAUUAAGUGUAUAUAAGAAAAAGAAAAUUCAUAUGAGGAUCUUAAUUGAAUAUGUAUUUUGAAGUGCUGAAUAAUUUAUUUCUCAAGUUCUGAUUAAUUUAUAUCUUAUGUGAUAAUUUUACUUGUCACUGCCUGAAUCCAUGCAUUUUUACAUGGAUCAUUUGAUUUAGUGUUUUCUGCUAGCAUGACAAAAGAGGUGUAUAGUAGUUUUGUGAUCAGAGAGUGUGAGAGUUUAGAAGAAAGGACUUUUAUAUUUUCAGACACAUUAAGAUAAUUAGGUUAGCAAAGUAGACUUUAAAGAUUGUGUGUUAUCCUUGUUCUAGUUACUUAACUAAUUAAAACGAUUCAGUGUAGUAUUGACGAGCAAUGUCUGAAGGAUUUGAAUUUCUCAUUUAGCCUUUGAACUUUCGCUUGAUGUACUUAAGGAGCUGUGUCUUGGGGUGCUAUUUUCACUAUGUCUCAGGCUUUGUAUUAAGUGAUAUGGUUAAGGCUCCUUAGUAAGAUCAAAGAACAUAAUCAGUUAAUGGACACAAACAGUUUACGGAACUCAUUUUACGAGUAUCUGUGAUGUUCAGUAUUUAUUUUUAGAUUUUUUUUUUAAAUAUAAAGGUGAGGAUACAGCUUUAAUAUCUCAAUAAACCUAAGGAAAUGAU